GUUCGCGAUUUUGCCGUCGACUCUGACUCAAAGUGCUGAACAACAGCGCUGUGCGCCUGCCUCACGACGAGCCAGUGGAUCCAGUCGCACCUCUCGACGCUCCGGGCCACACGUGAAAAGCGCAGACGCCCCGGGAGACGGAAGGAACCCACAGCCAGCGUCAGAGCUGAACAGCUACGCGUCGUCGUCACGCGGGCCCAAGCCGGCACACGGGAUCAGUCGAAAAGCGCAGCGCAAAGCCAUGCGCACCUACGUCGUCAUUUCAUGCCUCAUCGCAACCACUAACGCCCUCGCCGCGGCGCCAACAACCACACCCCGCGCCCCUCUCCCCUUCACGAGCCCGAAGAAGGUCGACGAAGCGUUGCGCAAGAACGACCCCCUGCUGCACCUGGCGAGUCGCCUGAUCCGGGACGUGAACGCGCGGCGCGGCGUGCGGUCCGUCUACGCAUGGUGCCGAAGAGCGGACGACGUCGCGGACGAGGCGGGCGUCGACUCCGCGCAAGCUUUAGCGAGAUUAGAUGAGAUCGAGGCGGACCUGCGGGCGGCUCUGCAAGGCGCGCCGCGCAACGCCGUGGAUGCGGGUCUCGCGGCCACCUUCAAGUCCUACCCGAAGUUGGAACUCGAGCCGUUCCUGGCCAUGUUGGAUGGCAUGCGGUCCGAGCAAAAACCGGAAGUGCGCUUCGAGCGCUUCGAGCCCGAUUUACGGUUGUACUGCGAGCGCGUCGCCGGGGGGGUUGGCUUGAUGUUAUUACCUCUCUUGGGCGCCGCGGACGCGUCUCCAGAAACGAAGGCGCGGGCCGUCGAUUUGGGCGUCGCCAUCCAGCUCACGAACAUUUUGAGGGACGUGGGCGGCGACGCCGUGGACCUGAAUCGCGUGUAUCUGCCCCUCGAGGACCUGCGAGCCACCGGCGCUCAGUUGGAUGACGUCCUUGUUGGUAGAUUGACACCGGAGUACGUACAAACGGUAGAGCUCCAAGUGGCGCGCGCGCGCGAGCUCUACGCGUCGGCGCGGCUGGCGGUGCCGGACCUGCCGAAGUCCUCCCGGCUGGUGGUGUACGCCAUCAUCGAAUUGUUGGAGGCCAUUGUCGAUGAGCUCGAGAAGCGGGGCGGCGACUCGCUGACGCGCAAGCUGAAACCCAGCACUCCAGCGGUGCUCGGGGCGCUCGUGCGCGCCGUGCGCCAGAGCUAUGGCGGUGGUGGGGGUAAUGAUUGAAUGACUCUA